AUGUACCUCAGGGGCACGUCCUCGAUUGUGGGGACGGACGAGUUUCCUCUGCCCGCCAUCGGCGACCAAGAGUCGAUGCCGACGGUCUGGGACGGGUUCUUUCACACGCUCACCAACAUCGAGCAUCAUUCGGUCUUUCUGGAGGGGCGGGCCCCGAAUACAGCUGCCAUAGAAACGGCCGAGGGCAUUACGGUCGAGGCGACAAUUCGGAGCAGGGGCGGGGAAGAAUCGGGAUUCCCUUCGCCCGACGGCACAGUGUGGGACGACAACCAGGACCUGGCCAUCGGGCUGUUUGUUCCGAUCGAGGUGAUGACAGAGGUCAUCGGGCCGGCAAACGAGCGGACUUUGGCCAACCCCAUCGUCUUCGGGAAGAUCGACAAGAACAAGCUGGGCACGUGGACGGCGGCGAGGUUCGUCCAACGCCUGGGCCAGACUGAAGAUGAGAUCAUCGACACGAUUCCCGGCGCUAGCGUGAGCUCGGGAACGGUGCGCGGCUUGAUCGCGAAUGUAGGCCGGCGGGUGUUCUUUUCGAGGAUACCGCUGCUGUUCCUGCUAACGAUUAUGGUCGUUACCGUGCUGUUCUACAUGACGAUGAUGGUCUCGUAUCUGGCCAAGAGCCGGGAGCGGGACUCCGCGUUGAUGCGGACCCCGAGGUGUGGGCAUCGCCGAGCUGCUUAG